UGACCGACAGGAUAUCAAAUACAUUUUUUCAACAAGGCAAUGUGAUUGAUAGCCAUUUUGAAGAGCCUUUUGUUGGUGUUUUGUGAAUGUUUUCAUGUAAUUUUUUGCAUUAUCUAGUAGAAAGAAAUUUGUAUGAGCACCAGGAAGCCAUAGUUUUAGUAAAAGGCCAAAUCGUGUUGACUUAUCGUGAAUGUGUUGUUUGUUUGGGGAAGAAGCAUUGUGGAAAAAAAAAAACCGGAAAGAACAGUCAUAUUUUACUCUUGUUUUAAUUUUCUUUGUAAAUAAUUUUUAUAAUUUGUCAAGACAAAAAGUGAUAAAAGUCAGUGUUUUAGAUUAUUUCAGUGAAGUGUUACAGAUUUAUCGUUUAUUUACGUCGCGUGUUUUGUUGUACGUAAAAUUUAGAUCGCCACAAGAUGGCCGCCAUAGGAUGCCCGCUCCGCCAAAACCCGCUCGUGGGGCCCGAUGUGUCAUCAGCCAGCGAGCGCCUCGCGGAUGUGCUGUAAGCCGGCGUCGGCCGCGGAGCCGAGCGUUCCGGUCGCUUUCGGCGAGGUUCCAUUCCAUACAAUGGGAUUUCGCUCGAGGCGCCAAAAUAUGAUGGGUGUUGACACAAGUCUGAUACCGUACCGUUACUCUGACGGCUGCACAAAAUAAUCGUUGACAAAAAUGAGCGAGCCAGACGACGUCGGCAAAGAAGAGUGGAAGCGAUGGAUAUUGGACGCGAUUCACAAAAUUCGGGCGCAAAAACAGAGGCCCAGUGUGGAGAGAAUAUGUCAUGCAAUUAGGCAGCACCAUAACUAUCAUGAGGACGUUGUUACGGAGCGUUUGGAAAGCGCAGUGCGCGAGGGUGUCGUGUUGAAAGUGUAUAAUAAAGGGCAGAGCUCGUACAAGGACCCUGGAGGUUUCCAGAGCAAGACAUUGCGGGUGUCGGCGGACACGGACCUUUCGCGGGCUGUGGCCAAAGCAGUGCGGGAGUUGUGUGAACGAGAGGGUUCUACGCUGAAAUCCAUUGAGAGACAUUUGCGGCAAGCGUACCAAGUGUCAGUGCCCCCUGAGGUUGACAUCAAAAACAUUUUAAGGUCGGCAGCGAAGAGAGCAGUGGCUAGGGGUCUGCUUACCCAUCAGGCGGGAGCGUAUAAGCCCACUGAUAAGUCUACUGAGCGAAGUAGUAUAAAAAAAUCUAAACAACAACAACAAGCACCAGAAGAAGUUGUUGAAGAGCCAAAGGAAAGUCCACCAGUCCAAGUUGGUGUGCCGGUUUGUUCCGAGUGCCUGGGGACGGACCUGAGGAAUGGGCUAGGGGCGGUGGAAGCCUUGAUCUGCUGCCAACAGUGCAAGUCUUAUGCCCACCCCACCUGCCUCAACCUUUUGGAGCACGUGAACCAGACUACUAUCAAGUCGCUGCGCUGGUCGUGCGGCGCGUGCUCGUGGUGCUCGGCCUGCGGCGCGGCGGGCGGCUGGUGCGCGCGCUGCCGGGCCUGCGCGCGGACCGCGCACCCCGCCUGCGCGCCGCCGCCCUGGCGCUGCGCCGCCUGCGCGCUGCCCGCCAACACAGCGCCCGUAGCGCACCAUAAAAAGUCCGGCAUGGGCGGCACGCCGCGGGGCCGCAAGCCGCGCACGCCGCGCCGCGCCGCGUCCGACGACGAGCCCUCCGACGGUAAUGCCCCGCCGGGGCCGGCGCGCGCGCCCGAACAGAGAAUGUCCAAGGAGAAACAAAAGUUCUUUAGGUUCUCCGCGUUCAACCUCGUCGAGCGCCGCCGCCGCGACUCCUCCAGCGAGUGGGAGCGCUGGGGCGGCGUGCGCGUCACGCGCGUGCAGCGCCUCGAGCUGCGCCUGCACGAGCGCUCGCGUUCCCCCUCCCCGUCCCCGUCCCCCUCCCCCUCCCCGUCCCCAUCCCCCUCCCCGUCCCCUUCCCCCUCCCCCUCCCCGUCCGCCACGUCGUCCGCCAGCACGUCACCGCCCGCGCUGCCCGCGCCCGACCGCUACUGCACCGUGUUCGAGCGCCUCGCCGCCGACACCGCGCCCGACGGCGCCUGGGGCUUCGCCGCGGAGGCGCGCAAGCAGCGCCCUGAGCCGCCGAAGCCCGCCGCGCCCGGCCGGCGCCGGCGCAGCCGCUGCGGCGACCGCCUGCUCACGACGCUGUUCGACGGCCUCUCGGAGUUCUACUCGGUGCGCACGGCGUCGCGCUCGCAGUCCCGCGCGCGCGCCCCGCCGCGCGAGACCCGCGAGGAGUCCGAGGAGCGCCAGGUGCUCAAGGAGACGCGGAGCACGUUCCGGCGGUACCAGGCGUCGCUCCGCCGCAGCCGCGGGCGAAGCCGGGAGCGCAGCAGAGAGCGAAGCAGAGAGCGGACUCGAGAGCGGAGCCGAGAGCGGAGCCGGUCGCGGCCGCCGGAGCGCGCGCGGUCCCGCAGCCGGCCGCGGCCGGCGAGGCCCGCGGCGCCAGUGAGACACAUUGAGAGUUGCGAACCCGCCGAGACUGAGGAGGCCACGGAGACCGUAGAGACUUUGGAGCGCGGCGCUCAUAGGGACCCCUGCGUGGGCCCGCGGCUGUCGGCGUCGGCGCUGGUGCGGCGGCUGGCGGCCUGCAAGCGGGCCGGGGCGGGCGAGGACGCCAAACUGUGGCGCGGGCUGCUGGCGAGGCCGGCCACCAAUCAGACGGUAUCCACACAUGCACUUUCGCUCGCGCUUCUCGUGUUGAGGCGUGAAUGUUCAUCGUCGGACUCUUCGACGGCCGGCGAGCUCGGUGCCGAAGUGGCCGUCCGUCGAAAAGUCCUCACGUACUCAGAGAGCAAGCGGCUGCCGGCCGGCGUCACGGAAGCCGACGCGGAACUCUUCAACCAGGCCAAGGCGGCUGCAAGUACGGCCCCCGAGGUGGACCUACCGCCCGCCCGGCCCCCCGGGACCCCCGCCCGGCCCCCCGGGACCCCCGCCCGGCCCCCCGGGACCCCCGGCCCGGGGACCCCCGCCGCCACGCCGGCCCCCCUCCAGGCGGCCCCCCGCUGCCCGUCCGCGAUCGAGUUCGGCCAGUGGGAGAUUGAGACCUGGUACUCUAGCCCCUUCCCGCAGGAGUAUGCCAGGUUACCAAAAUUGUUCCUGUGCGAGUUCUGUCUAAAGUACGCAAAGAGUCGAGCAGUUUUAAUGCGGCAUUUGGACAAGUGUCUCUGGCGGCAUCCACCGGCCACUGAAAUCUACCGCUGUGGGGACAUCUCGGUUUUCGAAGUAGACGGCAACGCCAACAAAAUCUACUGCCAGAACCUCUGUCUCCUCGCCAAGCUGUUCCUCGACCACAAAACGCUCUACUACGACGUCGAACCUUUCCUAUUCUACGUCCUGACAAAGAACGACAGCAAAGGAUGCCACCUGGUUGGAUACUUUUCGAAAGAGAAACACUGCCAGCAGAAGUAUAACGUGUCCUGCAUCAUGACGAUGCCGCAGUACCAGAGACAGGGCUACGGGAGGUUUCUCAUCCAUUUUAGUUAUUUACUGUCAAAAGAAGAGGGACAACCCGGGACCCCAGAAAAACCUCUGUCGGACCUCGGAAGAGUCUCCUACCACGCCUAUUGGAAAUCUGUUAUCCUCGAAUUCCUGCACGAUCACAAGGACAAACACUUCACGUUUGAAGAUAUCGCGCACACGACAGGAAUGCACAUGAACGACAUUGCAGUCACGUUUCAGCUCUUGGGCUUUGUAAGAUAUAUACCUAAUAAUGAUUCUAUGAAAUUAGGACUUUGUAUAGACUGGAAUAGAGUAGAUAAUCAUGUGAAAAGAGUGACCAGUAGACAGCGGUUGGAAAUCGAUCCUGAAUGCUUGAGAUGGACGCCGCUGUUAGCGCCGACCGUAAAUCCGUUCAGAUCUCCCGAGGAGGGCUCCGUGGACCAAGACACAAAUGACGAAACGGAAAUGAAAACGGAGAGCGAAGAUACCGCAACGGAGACCGAAACUUUAGCACCCAAACCUGUGGUAAAGACUAAAGAGAAAGUUGAAAAAGAAUCUACGGAAGUGCCCGUGGAGGUUACCUCAUCUGGCAGGAGACGAACGAGACCAUUGAAAUAUAGCGAAGCCACGUACCAAACCACGCCCACGCCACUCGAGGGUGGUCGGAAAAGAAAACGUGAUCUCAAUGCUAAGCUCUCGGAAUCUAACGCCGACGAGGACAAGAAGGACGAGGAAACGCCGAGAAGACAGAGAAGUAAAAGCGUUUCAAGAAGAUCUUCUAGAGUCGUCCAGAAUGAAGCCAGCGAGGAGCCUAAUGUCGCCAGGAACAGAAGACAAAGUAUUAAAGAGCCUACCUACGCUUCCGACAGCCAGGAGAGUCAGGAAGAUAGCUCUAUUGUUGUUAAAACCCCAGUCUCGAAUCCAGUUAAACCUAAGGCUAAGAGAAAAAUUGCGUACAAAGGUCGUCAAAGAAAGCGACAAAAAGUUAACAAAUCUCCCAAAGGCAGAACUAGCUCGCCGGUGGCGAAAAAACCGAAGUUGGCGGAGAGUAAAGCGGAAACAAACGAUUACAAAACUGACGAAUCUAUGGAGGAGCCCGAGAAAAUGGCCGUUGUUGCAGACGAGGAGUGUCCAGAAUCUCCGAAAGUUCAAAGCAGCGAGAAGCCCGAGGAGAAAGCUAAAGAUUCUGAGGCUAGCUCGGAGGACUCGUCGGGCGAAGCUGACGAUGAAAUGGACGUCGAGGAAGGCGAGGACAGGAGAAGCGUUCCCUGCAAGCCCGCCACGCCGCGACACGUCGAGGAGAACAGCACGGAUCAUCACACCAGCGAUAUGGAGCUCGACAGCAUCCAUAUGGCCUCCCCCAAAUCGAUAGAAGAUAAGGACCAAGUAAUUAACGAAACUUCCACUAACGAGGAGUCUCAAAAGGAUGCCCCUGAACCUGAAAACACAACUGACGACGCCGGUGUGGUGAAUAAUGACACCGCCGACGCGAAGUCAGCGCCAAAAGACUUAGAUGAAAAGAAAGUGCCUGAAAUUAGAAACGGCGACAUGAAGUCGCCUACUAAGCCAGUUAUCGAUGAUAAAGAUACAAUAGUUAUUUCGGAAUCCGAUGACAAUAACAGUCAGAGUUGUCCACUGCCAUCGCCCAAACCGAACGUGGUGGCGCCGGUGCCGCAGAGUAAUGAUAAUAAACCCAAAGAAAUAGAAGAAAACGAUAGCCCUUCUAAGGUUAUACCUGUGGUGUCCACCGAGAACGCCCACAUAGUUUUAGAUCCUAAGGUCCAAGAGGAGGUCAACAUUAUUAGAAGUCCGCUAGAAAACAAUACGACCCCUAAAACUCAUCAAAUAGAAACCAUAGUUGUAGAAGGAGAAUCGGAUACGACGAAUUCUCCGUGUAUAUCGCCUAGGAAAAUAGAUAAAUCAGUUAUUAGUGAAUCGCCCAAGCCGAAGAAAUCUCCAGAAACUAUGAACAUGGACGCUUCGAGUGAGAUAAAAAAGUGCGAAAUGAGAAAAGAAACUGUGAUUCAGCAUCAAACCGUAGACGAAACUAAGACAGAUAAGAAAUCUCCUACUAAAAUAGAAUCUAUCAUACAGAACUUGGAUCCGCAAAGGGAGCUGCCCAUUAAUAUUAAGAAAUUAGAACCGCCCAAGCUAGAUUCGUUCGUAGAUGCGGAUAUUAGGAAUAAGGUUCCGAACCAAAACUCGAUAACGAUAAGCAAGGAGGGCGAGCUUCCCUUUCGGAACGACUUGCUGAACACGAGGAAGGACGAGAUCGUCAUCACGAGGAGCAUAAUCGAGUCGAACAUGCCGCCUUUUCCGACGCCAGUGAGCAACUCGAUGACCAUCCAGCAGAUCAACAGCGCGCAACACUCCUUCCUCAACCACCGCGCCGCCGUCAGCAAGGAGUCGCAAGCUGUGCAGACUGACAAGGCCAUGCUCAAGACCAGCGAGCCUGGCCGCAGCCUUAACAUGGCCGACUCCACUCCCGUGAUCAGCAAGACCACCAAACUAGAAGUGCCUCACCCCAUCACGUCGCCCAUAAUCAACCCCGUGAUACCCAAAGUUCCGAACGUUACCGAUAUCAGUUUUUUACCGCGAUGCCAGAGCGCUAACGCCGCCGUUAACUUAGGAAUGGAGAGAAACGACUUAGAAAAUAGUUUCGCGAGCAGUAGCGCCAUACAGAAUUCGUUGACGGGGUCCAUGAACAUCGUCCAGUCGACGUCCCAGGACAAAAACGAUCCGAAUUUAAAACCUCGAGAGAAGAGCAAACUCCGCGACGUUCGAGUGAACUCGGCGCACAGCAAACUCGAGAAAACCGAUAAGAAACCGUCGAAAAACGACACGCCGAGAAGCACGCCGGAGCCGAAGAUGUUUUUUCCGGAGCAAAGUACAAACGCAAGGAAGCCGGAGACGUCCGUUCCUAUAAACGUGAUCAACUCGGUGACCGUCAGCAAGACAGAGGCGAAGACGACCGCCGAGGCGCCGAAGAAGCAGGAUUUUUUUAAGAAGGAUAAGGCCAGCUCCGCCAAAUGCGACUCGAAAAACGCCUCGGUCAAGCACGACAAGAGCUGCACGGCGCAGCUGAACCUCAAGGCGGAUCAGAACGACACCAAUAAAGCCUUGCCCAAGUUCAAGUACGAUAAUGAGCUGAUCCCGAAGGCGGACUACUCGAUGAACCAGAUCCCAAACUACCACACCACGCACGCGCAGUACCAGUGGGCGCCGUGGGACGCCGCGCGCCUGCAGGGCACGUGGGACCCCAACCGGUUCCUGGAGAUGAAGAACAGCGACAAGAACUACCUCGACAAGUUUCAAGGCUUCAAUUUGCCGCACCUCGAUCCGGUGCAGAAGUCGCCGCAGAAGCUGCACACGAAAUACGACCAGAAGGACUUCCACAACAUCGCGUACGGACCUCUAUCAACCGUGUACUCGGGUCUGCCUCACUUCAAGGAGACCAAGGGUCCGGCUAAAUCCGAGUGCUCGCAGAAGAACGACUGCAAGCCGUCGAAGCAGUCGAAAACGACCACCGCGUGUCAAACGCAGUGCGAGCCGAAGAAGUCUCAGUCGCAGAGCUCGGCGGAGGCGCAGAUCAAGCAGAUGAUGCAGCGGCAGGCGAAGCAGCAGGAGCAGACCAACUGCGCUGAGUACCGCCAGCAGUCUCCUCAAGUUAUGACGUCGCCGGGCUGUAAAACUUACACGCAGAACGGGCCGUGCGAGAAGACUGACGUCGAGAAGAAAUCUCGGAAGAAGGACGACACGCCUAAAGAGAAAGAAGAGAUGUGUGAAGCGGCGAGUCCGGCGCUGCAAUCGAUGGGCGUUUACACGCCGGAUUCGACCAGCAAUUCGGUUCAUUCGGUGCAGUAUGGGAAUUGCGAGUUGGACGUGAGCCAGUUAGGGCUGGAGUCGCCGACGAGCAUCGGGUCGGACCUGGCGUCGCCGUGUUCCAUGAUGCACAUGCACCCGGCGCCCAGCCCGCAGUACCCGCACUCGUCCAUCCACAUCCCUUCCAUCAUGACGCAGCCCAACCAGCCGCCCAAGCAGCAGAAGAUCAACAAUCGGAAUAGGAACAACGCGGCAAGCAGCAACAGUGGCGGUGCUUUAGCACAGGGUGAGAACAAACUUCGCGGUGCCGCCACGCCACCCGCGCGACACCGCGCUACGCCACCUGCUCACCAGCCUCACGGCGGCGUGGCGAUGGGCGCGGCGAGCGGCGGCGGCGGCGGCUACCAGGGCGGCUACCUGUCCUUCCAGCAGCAGCAGCAGUACCACGGCGGCGGCUGGCCCGCGCCGUCCUGCAGCCUGGCCAAGCUGCAACAGAUGGCCGAGCACCACCCGCCGCACUCGCAGCAGUACGCGCAGCAGUCAGCCACGCCGCCGAGCGGCGCGACGUCGUCGGCGCACUACCACGCCGCCGCCAAGUACUACGCGCCGCACAACCAGCUCGACUCGCCGCGCAACACACGGAACACCUCCAGCAACCUCAGCCCGAUGCAGCACAUGCAAAUGGCGCCUGGCUCACGCAUGUCGCCGAAUCUCAACACUCACAUCAUCAGCCAGUACGGGCUCAACGGGUACCGCGUGCCGCCGCAGCAGCAGUUCAACAACCUGCCCGUGCAGAUGAUGAAUGUGCAACCAGCACAGUACCCAGCGCCAGACGCGCGCGCGCAACAGCCAAAUGUGUAUUACGGGUAUAUAAACCCGCCGCCGCCGCUCGCCAUGCAGCCGCUGAACUCGUCUAUGCGCCGGUAGCGCGACCCCGCCGCGCCCGACGCGCCUGCGGGGCACGCGUGACGCGGCGACCCCGACCGGUCUGUUCUCAGAUCAUCUGGGUGAGAAGUGGAGUCCAAGCGACACGACCCCGAUUGGUCUGUUCUCAGAUCACCCGGGUGAUCAAAGUGGACCCCAACCGGUCUAUUCUCAGAACACCCGGGUGAUCGAAGUGGAAUCGGAGCGACAUGACCCCGACCGGUCUGUUCUCAGAUCACCCGGGUGAGAAGUGGAGUCUAAGCGACACGACCCCGAAAGGUCUGUUCUCAGAUCACCCGGGUGAGAAGUGGAGUCCGAGCGACACGACCCCGAUUGGUCUGUUCUCAGAUCACCCGGGUGAUCAAAGUGGACUCCGAGCGACAGUUUGGUGUCUUUCGACAACCUAUGGACAAGACCUGGGUGAUCAAAGUGAACUCUAGAGCGACAAUUUGGUGUCCAUUGAUCACCCAUGGAUAAGAUGACCUGGGUGAUCAAAGUGAACUCCAAGCGAUAAGUUGGUGUCCUUUGAUCACUAGGGUGGUCCUUAUUUUUCGACUUUUGAAUUAUCCCCGGGGCACUUUCUUAUUCGAUUAUAUACCUCUAAAUAUGAAAUUAGCUUUUUUUGUUUUUUUUUUAGUUAAGAUUUAGAGGUCGCUACCAGCUGUCAAAAUAUUUACAAAAGCUUUGAAAAUCUUAAAUCAUGGUUUCAUAAAUGUUUUAUUUAAGUGUUUAUAUCACAUUUUACGUGCAAAUGAACAUCGCUUAGAUAGAAUAGACAAUCGCUUCUUGUCCCCUUCUCCCCUCAACCCCUCUUCUAUACCGACCAUGGUACCGACGCGUCGAGAUACUAACAAGUAAACUCUUAUAUCUUAAAAAUAAUUGAUUCAAAUAUGUACAUUGUACAUAAUAAUCUUAGUUCAUAGCAACAACAAUAAUUUUGUAAUAUUUUUAUUUGGCUUUGGCUUUAAAAAUGAAUGAAUCUAACAAAUACAGAUUUAGUUUUUACUUAAAAUUCAAACCUUGGUAGCGACCCCUAAAUGUCUUUUAAAAAUUAAAAAAAAAAUAAUGAAAGACUUUCAUAUGGUAUAUAUUCAAAUUACGUGGUGCCCCGCAAAAUAUAAGAAAAAAAAAUUUUUUCGUAGGAAUAAGGACCACCCUAUUGAUCACUCAUGGAUAAGAUGGCCUGGGUGAUCAAAGUGGACUCCAGUUAAAUUAUUAUUUUAGCUUCCUUUGAUCACCUAUAAAUAAAUCACACCUGUGAUUAGUCACUCACAUGUCCAAUUUGUUUGUUGCGAUUUUUUAGAAAUAUGUAACAACAACAAAACAAACAACAAUUGGACAUGUGACUAUUCAGAGGAAGUCUGAUUUAUUUAUAGGUGAUCAAAGGAAACUAAAAUAAUUAUUUAACUGGAGUCCACUUAGAUUACCCAGGUUAACUUAUCCAUGGAUGAUCAAAGGACACCAAGUUAUAGCUUGGAGUUCACUUUGAUCACCUGGGUGAUCAAAUCCAGGUGAUCAAAGUGGAAUAGACCCCCCGACCGGCUGAGGCAUAGUACAAACUGAACGGUUAAGAUAGUCUGUAUAUAGCGUAAUUUAACGAACGUUAACACCACUUCGGUUGCCUUAUCCCUCGGGUGAGAACACUUUUGUUGUAACGGUGUAAUUGUAACGGCAGCUUUGUUAUAGUUUUGUAUCAUAUGUAUGUAAUCGUUUCUCUCCGAGAAAGCACCCGUACCCCAUAUGGAAGCUGAGUAAAGUACAAAAUUGCAGUUAAUGAUGUAUUUAAAUCUUUUUACAGUAAUGACGUCGUCAGCGAAAAGUAGCAUAAUUAUAUAGUGCAAUAAUCGUAGAACUGCGUGUUUUAUAUAUUGGCGUAACGAAAGUAUUCGGCUCACUCUGUGAGAGUACUGUGAUAACUGACGGUUGGACAGUGGUCUAAUGGGCGUGUGCUUAAAUCAUAAAUUAAUAUAUUACUUAAUUUCCAAAGAGAUAAUGUUAAGUCUUUGGUUACGUUUUAAAUAAGUGCAAUGUUUUCGAAUCGCAAAUUGUACUUUCUGAUGUAAAGAUUCUUUUGAAACUCAUUUUAUAUGUAUAUCCUGUUUACGUUGUGAGGUUUAGCGGGCACACGCGUCGUAGUUGUAAAUGAUUGUACAGUCGGCGUUAACGUUAAUUUUAUACAGUAAGAUCCAGAUAGUGUUUUUGUCUGUUCUUGAAGUGCCUCUUUCUCGUCCCGUCUGCUUGUGUUCCAGUGUAAGAUAUUGUAAAUGUAACGCUUCAUUAACACAUGAGCUCGUAAAUAAUUUAGCAUAUUUGUAUGAUACGGUUUAGUUCUAUGGACGUUGACGUGUAGCGGCCAGCAGCGCGCCGCCUGUGGCGAGCCUAAGGAAAGUUAUUUUUUAUAUUCCUUUACCCUGAUAGGUUUUAAUAUUUUUUUAUUAUGAUAACUUCUUUGUUUUACGCUUUGCUUAAGGAUUAUGUUCGUGUUAUCCCAGUAAUUUAUUGCCAAAUGUUAUUAACACUGACUUUGCGAUUAUGUUAAGUAUUUUAGGUUAUUGUGUUAGACCUGACGCGAGCGCCGCGUGGAGGCGCGGGCCGCGGCGUGGCCUCGCUCUCGGUGAAUUAUUUUGUAAGAUCUGCCCCUCUAAGGUUAUGAUUAUGAAUGUUAUUUGUUACUAAUGUGUAGUAUAAAAUAUUGUAAAUACAAUAACAGUAAGAACAUGUAGCAGGUGUUAUCACACAAAAUAUAAUUUUGUGAAAAA